UCUGCCGAGCCCCAGCCAGCCCGGCCCGGGAGGCAGCCCCAGUUGCACUCUCGGCCGGGCCAGCCCCGCUGGAGCGCUGCCUGCCCUGCCUGGAGGGAUGAGCAGCGUGCUCCGGGCUGCAGCGCCCCCUGCACCCGCCCAGCCCUGAGCGCGCCCUGGGCUGCCUGCAGCAGACAGCGCCCGCCCGCCCGUCCGCUGCUGGCCAUGUCCGGACCCGGAGCUCACAGCCAGAGCAGGAGGCUGCCCUCUGACAUGGAGCAUGGGCAGCGGGGAAUGGAGCCAGAGCAGAUGCAGCAGCAGCUCAAAUUACGUGACAGGCAGAAGUUCUUUGAGGAGGUUUUCCAGCAUGAUGUGGAUUUCUUCUUCCCCAUGUCCCACCUUCAGAUAGAGCACAGAAGACCUCCGCUGGGCAGCAUUUCCUCCAUGGAGGUGAAUGUGGACAUGCUGGAGCAGAUGGACAUGAUGGACCUUUCUGACCAGGACACCAUGGACGUGUUUCUCAGCUGUGGGACAGAGGAUAACAAUGUUGCCGGUCUCCUGCCAGAGCCCAGCCACUACCAGGAGGAAAUCACCCUGCAAGUGCCCAAUGCGUCCGAGAUCAAAUCCCGGAUCUCGUCCACAUCCUCCGUCUCCACAGACCUGAACAGCCUGGACACCAGCGAGGAGGGGGCCGAGACGCCCGUGGUGCAGUCAGAUGAGGAGGAGCCCCAGGAGGACAGCCCUGAAGCGCAGGCGGCCAGAAGCUAGCAGCAGGUUCCCUGCUCUCUCCUCAUCCACCCUCCGCAUGGACCUGCCAGCAUCAGAGGAAGGAAGGCUGCUGGUUGUUUGACUCCUGCUCAGUACACCCCGAGCCGUCUCCCCAUCCCAAGGAGCGGAGAGACGGCUUCCCCCAGUGCGUUCUUCAGUCAGCCACAGGAGAAGGAGAGUGGGGCAGAAACAGAGGGGUAGUGUAGUGCUUCAGACAUUAACUCUUCAGGCUUUGCUACUAACUCUCCUGCUUCACUCACCUGAACUGCUACCCGAGCCAUGGCCUCAGCUGUGCCCAUUCCUGGCAAGGCCUCCCCGCAGGAUUUCAGCCCCCCAGUCCCAGGGGGACCCCCAAAGGCAAAUGUGUAACAAGAGCCUACAGAGAAAUUACACUCCUGUCAAAUAAGCCGUCAGGGUGGUGUGUGUUAUUGGAGAACCACGAAAGCCCAGUGCUUGGUGGGGAUGAGAGGCUGGCUAGGAAAGGGUUGCAGAAGGAGGACAAGGAGAGCCUUAGGGAGGGGAGACAGGCUUAAGGCAUGGGAUGAAGCAAUUGCAGCCACACUACCAAGGACAAGACCUCAGUGGUAGAUGAGUCAAAAUUUCUCAGUCGCCGGAGAACAAGGGUCUUAUCGUCAUUCCCAGACCAGGCGCCAGCCCAAUCCAGUGGCCAUUCCUCUGCCCAACAUAAAUACAAGUGGCAUAGUCCUCAUUACCCACCCCUGAGGAGAACUAUGGGGGUUAAUGGGGCAAAUCACCAACCCAUCCCAAUAAUAAUACUGAGCACUUCUAUGGUGCUUUGCAUUUUCAAAGGGCUUUGAUUGCAUUUGUGCUUACAGUGGAGACAGCCUGAGACAGCAGUGAGAAUGUACUGAUUCCCACACUAAACCCACAGGGCUGGUGGGCGUGGGAGCACUGUGAUCUGUAACAUGACCCCAUGAGUGUGUUAAUGCAAUUCCCCAUGAAUUGUACGACCCUUCUAGCACUGCAGACUAGCCCCCUAAGCACAGCAUACCCAGCACGGCUGCUGGAGCUCUGGCUUACAAGGACAGAUUGUCACUUUGACUCCUCCUUGCUGGCUAUUUGUCUUGCCCUCUUCCUACUCCCAGGAAUGAGCAUAGCCGUAGCCACACACAGAUCCGGCUGCAUCACCAUUUUAGAGAGGUGUGCAACUGCCACCAACUGUUCAAUAUGGGAAAGCUUUGGCCACCAGGAGACUAUGUAACAGAGAAAACAAAGUCACUGCUGUGAUGAAAGUGGAGCAGCCUCAAGGAGAGGGAGUCUGGUACAUAAAUAACAGAGGCCGGGUAUUGCUCUAGAGCCAGGCCAUUUCCCAGGGGCACUCAGAGCUGCAGAAUAGCUAGACACAUACUAGUAGACGCUGUUGGACGCUGGCUGCAGCAUUUACAUCCCAGGUACCAUCAAAUGACAAGCCAGGUGCAGAUGAGUCACAUUCUGUCCACAAUACUGCCUCAUAAAGCAUUCUCCAGAGAAAGAGGUUAAAGGGAAAAGAAAGGUCUGAAAAGAGGAAGUGACUCAGCAGAUUGGCAACUCCCGAGAGAUGGGGGCAGCACAAAUGUAGUCCUAGCAAUAAGCUAAACUCAUGGAAAAAUCCAAGAAGUGAAUGACCACUGCUGAGCAAGGACUGCCCCCAGGACCCCGAUUUCAGAGCCGGUUUGCAGCAGUCUGUGGACAGCGUGGUGCAGGGAGUUCCCUAAGCCCAGAGAAUUUGUGUCCAGUGCCCCUGGCUAUCCUGGCUCAUGCAUAGCUGAAGCAUUCCAGCACUGCAAGUCUCCACUCCUGUGCUGAGAAGCUUGGCACGUUCAUUACAGGAGUGCUCUUCCAGGCCUCAGCUGUUUAGGGAUAGGGCUGGGCAUACAUUGUGAGUUUUGGGGUGUUGCUUGGGGCUGCAUUGAGUUCUUGUUUGCGGCUUUGCAAGUCAGAAUGGUGGCAGGUGUUCUCCAGCUGUUGGGUUUGGUUCAAAACAUUCUCGAGCAAGACCUUCUGUUGUGCAGCAUCUGCAGCUCCCAUCCAAUCUCCUAGGCCUGGAGUCCCUCACGUUCUCUUACAAAGUCCUGGCACGGCGCUCAUGUGUCUAGAUUCCCUAUGGGCUUCUGAGCAAGCACUUGUUCCUGCAAGGUGUGGAGCACUCUGGCCCUGAUGUAGAGAAGCAUAAACAUUUAAGCAGGUGGCUAGCCAAUUGAAGUUAAUGGGCUUACUCACAAGCAUGUGUUUAACCUUAAACGUAAGUGUUUCACUGGAUCAGAGCCAGCGUGCUCUGCACGUUGCAGGAUCACGCGGAACUUCUCCUAUACUCCCAUCAGUACUUAGGGAGCACUUCCAACGUAGGUUUCAGAGUAACAGCCGUGUUAGUCUGUAUUGGCAAAAAGAAAAGGAGUACUUGUGGCACCUUAGAGCUACAGCUCACGAAAGCUUAUGCUCUAAGGUGCCACAAGUACUCCUUUUCUACUUCCAACAUAGGAGACUUGUCUCUGAACAUUUUGUGUGGAUCAUAGUAUUCAUUAUUAAGGCUACGUUUUAGUCAUGGGUAUUUUUAGUAAAAGUCAUGGACAGGUCCCGGGCAGUAAACAAAAAUUCACGGCCUGUGACCUGUCCAUGACUUUUACUAUAUUCCCCUAACUAAAACUUGGGACGGGGGCUGCUGGUGCUCGGGGUGGGGGUGGUCCAGGGGUGCCGUGGGUGCUGGGGGUGGGCAGCGAUGCGCAGCCUGGGACCCCCCUGCUCAUGCUGGGGGGGUUGAGGGUUGGGCUUGCAGGCUCCCUACCCAGCUCCGCAUGUCCCUGCAGCUCCUAGGCGGCCGAGGGGCCAGGGAGCUCCGCACGCUGCUCCCGGCACUAGCGCUGGCUGUGCUGCUCCCAUUGGCUAGGAACUGUAGCCAAUGGGAGCUGCGGGGGCAGGACCUGCGGGCAAGGGCAGCGUGCGGAGCACCCUGGCUCUUCCAUCGCCUAGGAGCUGCAGGGCCAUGCCAGUUGGAGCCGGGGAGCCCUCCCACCCCAAGGUAAGCACCCCCCACUCCUCCCAACGCCUGUCUCUAGCCCUGAGCCCCCUCCCACACACCCAAACUGCUGCUGCUGGCCCAGGGGCUGCCCGGCUCGGGAAGCCCCUGAGCCAGCACCAGCUGCUGCAGAAGUCACAGAGAGUCAUGGAAUCCGUGACCGACGAGACAGACUCUCAGCCUUAUUCAUUAUCUUUGUACAUUUGGGAACUCUGGAAUUCAGCAUACGCCCCAGACAUUGGAAAUGGCAGAAAUGAUACAAGUUUGGACUGUGGUAUUUUAGGAAUGAUUUUUUGCAUACACAGCUACCGGGAAAAACAACAGCACUUUGUCUUGGUUGCUUGUCUGGCUGAGAGACUGAGCUAUAAACUGAUGUGCGUAGCUUUUAUAUCUAGUUAAGGAUAAGCAGGGCAGGACCGGGGGUCCCUUGCACGGCUAGCUCUUUGCACUGUGUCUACCCUAUAAUAUAAGAUCCUGCUCUUUGGCAUAUGUUAAAGCUUUGCUGAAAGGCUGCACUGUGCUCCGGUAGGCAGGUCAGACUAUUCUUAGUGAGAUGCUAAACCUGCCCUGUGUGGUAUAAUCCAUUAACUCUGAGGAGAUUGCAAUGUAGUCCUGAGGUUAAUGGUUCAAUAAAAUUUCAGGUUCAAA